GGGCCGUCCCUCCGCCGGAGCCCGGUGUGUCCUCCCGGGCGGGCGGUUCCCCUUGUGUGUGUGUUUCCGUGUGUGUUUCCCUCCCCCUUCACCCUCCUCCUCCUCCUCCCUGUCUCCCCUCACGUCAGAGCGGCGUCCAUGAGCCUCUCGGCGGGGGUCUGACAGCACCCGGCUCGGCAGCGCGGCCCCCUCUGUUCUCAGCAUCUCCCUGAAGGGAUGGAGAACUCAUCGGUGGCAUCGGCCUCCUCAGAGGCAGGGAGCAGCCGCUCUCAGGAGAUCGAGGAGCUGGAACGUUUCAUUGACAGCUAUGUCCUGGAGUACCAGGUCCAGGGGCUCCUGACAGAUAAAACAGAAGGGGAUGGAGAGAGUGAGAAGACACAGUCCCAUGUCUCCCAGUGGACAGCGGAUUGUAGCGAGCAGCUCGAUGGCAACUGUUCCCCAUCCCGAGAGAAGGGCUCAUCAGCUCAUGAACACAAUCAGGGAGAGUGCGAUCACAGCAGCAGUGGGAACACAGGAUCCCAGCUGGGGUCAGGUUCCAGGUGUGGGUCUGGAUCCAGGUCUGGCAGGCAUGGGAGAAGCAGCCAGUUCAGGCACUCAUCCAAGAAUGGCAACAAGGAGACCUCCCUUGACAUGCUGGGCACGGACAUCUGGGCUGCCAACACCUUUGAGUCCUUCAGUGGUGCGACGUGGGACCUGCAGCCUGAAAAAUUGGAUUUCACCCAGUUUCACAGGAAGCCCCGAAACACCUCCAAACAUCCACUGCCUCACGUAGACAGAGAAGGGCUUGGAAAAGGGAAAUAUGAGGAUGGUGAUGGCAUCAACUUGAACGACAUAGAGAAAGUCCUUCCAGUUUGGCAGGGUUACCACCCGUUGUCUCAUGAAGCUGAAAUUGCACACACCAAAAAACUCUUCAGAAGGAGGAGAAAUGACCGGAGGAGACAACAAAGACUUCCUGGUGGGAACAAGCCUCAGCAGCACGCAGAUCAUCAGCAAGGUGGCACCAAACACAACAGGGACCACCAGAAAGUCUACCAAGGAGGCCAAGCCCCUCACUCCUCAGGUAGGACGGGCCACCAUGGCUACAGCCAGAACCGAAGAUGGCACCACAACCAGAAACACUCCUCCAAUGACAAAGAAACUCACAGAAAUGUCAAAGAGACUGAGAAUUUGAAAAUUGAGGACACCGCCAUCUGCACAGUGCACAUUCCCAUGGAGACUCCCCAAGGGCAGGAAGCUGUGGAGAAGCAGUCCCAGCAGUACCUCCAGGAGUCGGAGACCAAGAGGAAAGACAUUAUUCAUGGAGAGAGGCCCAAGAUCAAUUUGCUUCAGUCUUCCAAAGACAGGCUGAAGAGGAGACUAAAAGAAAAGGACGAAAUCACGGUGGAAACCACCAAUCCUGAAAAGAACAAAAUGGACAAAUUAAUUGAAAUCCUCAACAGCAUGAGGAACAACAGCAGUGAUGUUGACUCCAAACUCACUACCUUCAUGGAGGAGGCCCAGAACUCUACCAACUCUGAGGAGAUGCUGGGGGAGAUAGUCAAAACCAUCUAUCAGAAAGCAGUGACGGACCGCAGUUUUGCUUCCAUGGCAGCCAAGCUCUGUGACAAAAUGGCCCUUUUCAUGGUGGAAGGCACCAAAUUCCGGAGUCUGCUCCUCAACAUGUUGCAGAAGGAUUUCACCAUGCGGGAGGAGUUGCAGCAGCGGGACGUGGAGCGCUGGUUGGGGUUCAUCACCUUCCUCUGUGAAGUCUUUGGCACCAUGAGGAGCAGCACUGGUGAACCCUUCCGAGUUCUCGUCUGCCCCAUUUAUACCUGCCUCAGGGAGUUGCUGCAAUCUCAGGAUGUGAAGGAAGACGCUGUGCUUUGCUGCUCCAUGGAGCUGCAGAGCACUGGCCGACUGCUGGAGGAGCAGCUGCCUGAGAUGAUGACAGAGCUGUUGGCGAUAGCACGUGACAAGAUGCUGUGUCCUUCCGAGUCCAUGCUGACAAGGUCCCUGCUCCUGGAGGUCAUCGAGCUGCACGCCAACAACUGGAACCCCCUGACUCCCACCAUCACUCAGUACUACAACAAGACCAUCCAAAAACUGACAGCUUGAUGGGGCAGGGCAAGGUGGGGUGGGAAGGGAUGAGAAGGCGCUCACCUUGAUGGGAUCUGGCAAGAGCUUCAAGCCCCCAGCAGACCAAAUCCCAGCAUGCUCGAGAAUCUGUUUGUGGGGUGGGGAGGGAGAAGCAUGUUUCUUUUUCCAGCCACGUUGCCAAGUGCCACCCCUCUUCCCCACCAUGGUUUUGGGGUGUCUCUUAUUUUAUUGUUGUUUUUUUUUUUAACUCGUUGCUCCAGCAAGCAGCAUCGCAUCCCACUGGGUUAUUGUUUGGCUUUAAAAGAAGUCAAAGAAUUUGGGGGGGGAGGUUUAAAAAAAAACAAAACAAAAAAUCAAACAGGAAAAAAAAAAGCAAACAACAGAACAAACAACAAAAAAACCUGAAUACAAGUGGGGGUUAGUAUUGUUUUCACUCCAUUCUCCUGCCAUGCCCCGGCCAACAGGCAGCAGAUGUCUUGGGAGGACAAAGCCAGACACACACCACACCAAGCACUCAUAAUUGGUGGCUUUGUUGAGCAUUCAGGUUUUUUUUUUCCACCCCCUCCUCUUGUCUUUGACUUUCCAUGUCCCCCCAGCCCUUGGAUGGGAGAGUGGGAUGACUUUUCUUAUUUGCACUGGGUUUUCAUUUCUCUCGAGCCUUGGUGGGUUUUCUUCUUAAGAAAAGCUUGAGGAUGAGGAACAUGAUGCCUUCCCACCAGCUGGCUUCUGGGUUCACAUGAAGAUGCUGAAGCAGGAGUAUUUUAAAGGAGUCCACUGCAGAAGCCUCCAUCAUCUUGCCAGUAACCUCCUUGAUGGGUUGAGAAAUGUGUCUUCUGAGCUGGGAGCUCUAUGGCUCUUGCUGCUCAAGUCACUGUUAUCCCUCAACCACUAUAACCCAUUUAUUUUAUUUUUUUAAUGAUUUCUUCUUUUGUUGUUGUUUCCAUUGAAGGAGUGCUUUAUUGUAAUUACUGUCAUGGUUGUAAUUAUACAAUUAAAUCCAGGCCCCUUAAAGUUGGGCCUAAUAAUGUAGAGGAUGAGGGAGAAAUGAAGGUUUGAUGUUUUUCCUUGGAAUAUGGGAAAGAGAAGACAAGGUGUGAACAGCAAAAACAAGGAGGAAGGGGAAAAAAAAAAAAGGAGAGGAAAAAAUGGGAAAAGCCAAAAAUAGAAGUUUUGAGCCUGGCUUCCAACUAGUUGAAUUUUGCUACUCAGUGUUUCUAAGUGUGAGGUGCACCAGAGCCCCUCUGUCCUGUGGUUGGUGACACUGUGUCCUCAAGGAAUGGGUGACACUUUCAGAGGGGCAGAUUUUGCUUGGGCAUCCCUGUGUUGCUCUGUUUUGGAGCAUCCAGAGGGAGAAGAUGGUUGUGGGGAAUGAUGUUGAGAUGCCACUUGGGUGAGGAAAUGCCUGGAGGAUGAGGAGGUGGGACAGAGGGACACACCACACCCCAAAUCAUGACCAAGACUUGGUGGUCUCUUCAUUUACUUGUUUAAUAAUGCUUUUACCCACUAAAUCACUUCUGGUGCUUUUACAGACCCUGCCUGGGUCUCAACUCAGCAGCUCAAACCCAUUUUUUCAAGAAAAACAUUGAGUUUCUGGUGGCUUGUAGAGAAGAGCUGUUUCACCUCAACCUCUUUGGAUGUGCAGUAUGUUCUCGGAUGCCUUAUGAAUGUGUUGGUCUGUCUGUGAUGAGGAAGAAGCUUUCACUGCAAAAUUUCAAAGGGCAGAAAUUUUCAGCAGAAAAUAUGUUGCAGGAGAUGAGAAUCCUGAUGCUGCAGUUCAAGUUCUCCUUCCUCCAUGGAGGUGUUCACAGCCAGGUUGGAGCAACCUGGUCUAGUAGAAGGUGUCCCUGCCAUGGUUGGAACAAGAUGAUCUUUAAGGUCUCUUCCAACCCAAACCAUUCUCUCCAUAUUAUUUUGAGUUUUCAUCCAGUUGGCUGCUGAUAUGGAUUUGAAUCUUCACAUGGAGCAAGAGGAGCAAGCUGGAACCAGGAGCCACAAUUUUCCUGUCUACCCAGCAAGCAGCAAAAUUAUUCCUGGAUACAUUGGACCUGUCUGGAGAAAUGAAUUCCAGCUUUGUGGAUUGGAGCCCAGGAGCUUCGUGCAGUGACAGCACCUUGGGUUAAGUCAGCUUCGUUAGGAGCAAGGAGGUUUGAUAGUAAUGAUGAGCAGCUGAACUUGAUCAAGGUGGCAAAGCCCAGCAGUAUUUUGAGGCUUGGGGUUGCGCCCAUUGCUCUUGGCUUUUCCUGCUCCCUGGGUUCUCAAGAAGAGGAGAAGAAGGAGAUUUAAUGUGUGGCACACGCGAGCUCAGCGUCAGUCUGGGAGAAGACCUGAAAAUCAGUUUUAUCUUGAUUUUAAAGAACAGAAAAGUCCUAUAACAGGGACACAAUUAUGGGUUGGGGUGCCAGGGGUCCUGCCAGCAGCAAUCCAGACCACUGCUCUAGCCCCUGCAGCUUCUCCCUUCCCCCAGAAUUUGCUCUCGGGAUAUAGCGAAAGAAGACACAAAUAAUAAAUGAAAAAGAAGACAUAAAAGAGAAAACCCAUAAAGACAUAAAAGAAGACAUAAAAGAGAAAACUGGGCAUUUUGCUUCUAAAAUUCAGAAUUUUCACCCAGCAGGGGAUCAGGAGCCAUUCAGAAGCAAAGUGUAAGUCUUGUGGCAGUAUUUCUGCUUAAACUUUUCCCUGCUAGCCAUGAGGGUUUAUUCAGUUUUCCCACUUAGAUGCAAUCUUGCAAGCCCCCAACAAUAGGGUUUGGCCCUUCCAACACCAGGAUUCCUCCCACUGAAGGACUUUUAUGUGAAAUCCAUUGGGGUUUUUUAAUGUCUUGCCAUCUGUAUCCACUAUUAACGUACGUUCAUCCAACUUGGCUACAUCAGUCACUCCGUUCAGACACAAGAAGCAAAACAUUGACCAAAAAUGGGGUUCUUUUUCCCAAAAAUUACAUGCUGCCCCGGGUAUCUUCCCAAAGACCAUCCGUAGGAAGCCAGUGAGCAUGUGACAUCAAUAACCAUGUUGGGAAAAGAGGUACCAUGAGGUCAUUUGAUGGAGCAGGAUGGGAAUCAGCAUUGAGUUUUUGGGAUUCCUGGUGAAAGCACCUAAGGAUGUCAUUGAGUAUUUUCUUCUUUUUUUGGUGGUUUGUUUUGGAUUUUUGGCGGGGUUUUAUUUGUUUGUUUUCUUUAGAAACAGUCACCAAAGAGUGUUAAUUCUACAACAUUAAUUUUAGAAGGUGUGAAGCCACCAGCUAUGCCUCCCUGAACCAUCCAGAUUCCUUCUUGGCUGCUCAAUAAACAUAUCCACUUGGGGUUUUAAUACAUUUUUUUUCCGGUAAGGCUUCAUCAGCCAAGGGGAAAAACAACCUCCUCAAGCCAAAUAUGUGUGGGGCCAAACCUUGGGCUAGCCUAAAGGCAAGUGGCUUGAAGGAUCUGCAGAGGAAUGAUGAUCUGCCCCACCGCCAUGCUGGCCCACCCUUUGGAUGCAGAGUGGGUUUGCUGACUCCCCAGCGUCUACUUCACCUCGUUCCUGGUGAAAUUCUUUCCAAACUGAAGAGAUUUGGGGUUGGUUUGUUUUUUUGCUACCCACAAAGUGACUUGCUUCCUUUCCCCAUGAGGGAUUUCACCCCCGUUUUGGAGAAAUCUCCUGUAUGUGGAAGUGAAAUGAAAAUGGGGGGAGAGGUGGAAAAAAGGGAAAAUGAAGUAAUUUGCUUCAUUCCCCUUUUCCCCCAAAUGAGAUUAAUUAGUAUCUAUUCUUGGCAUGAUUGAUGGCUUUGAAGGCAAACUUGUCAGAAUAACUUAUGAUUUAUUUUCAUUCUUAUUUUUCUACCAUCCUUCACUCGGAAGUCUCUCAAAAUCUUAAAUAUAUUAUUUUAAAUUUUUAUUAUUAUUAUAAUUUUUUUUUCACUGCUGGGUAUUUUAUGGCUCUACACUAACCUUGCUCUUGGUGUUAGCUAUUAGCCAGUCACAGUGAUACUCUCAGUAUUUUUUAUUUUGCAGGAGAAACAACACAGAGGGUUGCAAAGCCCACUGUGGAUAGCCAAGGGAGCUGUGGUGUCCUGCAGAAGUUAACACUAUAGCAUCUCAUUAUUAUCUUUUUUUUUUAACCUGUUUAUUUGCAUUUGAAA